AUGGACUGUUGUAUAGGACAAAAUCCUGCUCAAUCUGACAAUGGGGUAAAAAGAACUUCCCGAAAGUUGGAAAUCCUAUCCCCAGGCAUAGUUUAUGACAUCUGGCUGGUGGGCUGGGACUGGCGACAAAUGAUCAAGUCUGAAACCUAUGAUUGGAAGAUGAGAAUACGAAGCCAGUCCUCGAAGAGUAUAUUGCAGACCGCAACGGUCAGGGAGACAGGCCCAUCGAGGAAGCCUCGUGGUACGCUCGGACACACCUGGUCUAUUUCCUCUGGAAUGUCAAAAGCAAUAGCCAAAUACCAGAACAACGAUCUUACUGUGGACAUCCUUCUGCAUACCGCUUCGAAAUCCUAUGAACGCUAUAACAAGCUCAUGAAACCCAAGAAUGCAAAACUAUUAAGCCGCUAUGGAAGUUCGACGGCUUAUGGUCGGGCGAAGUCAAAGACAGACGUUAUAGUGAACGGGCAAUCUGCAAUCGACAAUUACUACCACAUUAAUGGUCGAAGCCAUCAUCAAAGGAGUGGCGGGUGGAUGGUCGAGGUGUACUUAGACGCCUACUACGAUCCAUUGGUCACCUCUGCUGGAUUGAAUCUACAAAGGUUCUGUCGGGAUGGACAAAUUUUCAGCGUUGCCCUGACCAGAGCAGUUAGCGAGCAGGCGAUUGGCCGAGCCAACUGUGUUGGACAGUCUCAAAUUGUCCAGGUCUUUGAUUACCGUGGCAAGCUUCUUUAUCUCGAAGGUGAAGUUGAUACCAACGACCACGAGGCUGUUUUGGAUGCUUUAAUGGCAAAUCUGGAAGCGGCGCAGUACAUUUGUACUUACUUGAUAGCUGUAUAUAAGUCUUUUACAGAGCACUUCUACUUCUCCUGCACACUUUAUCCGUCUUAG